UAAAACAUAUCGUAACAUUUAAGACCGUGUAUAAUUUGAAAAAAUGUACACUCCGAUUUUAUUUUACUUUUUAAUACUAUAUCAUAGCGCGGUUCUAAUUAACGGCGAAACGAGACAAGCAGUGGCGAAUUUAGUGUCUCAAAACGUCACUGGAACUAUUUAUUUUACGGAGACAGAGAACGGAAUCCGAGUUAAUGGAACGAUCACCGGCCUGAAUCCCGGACUGUACGGGUUUCACGUGCACACGCUGGGAGACACAAGCUCAUGCGACGCGACCGGCGCGCACUUCAACCCCGAAGACAGCGCCCACGGCGGACCCGACCACACCGUGCGCCACGUCGGAGACCUCGGGAACGUACAGUUCGUGGCUGGGAGUGUCGCUAAUGUAGACUUUGUGGAUAGCGUCAUCACCCUCCGUGGAAGAAACAACAUAUUGGGACGCGGUCUUGUUCUUCACGAGCAGGAAGACGAUCUAGGUUUGGGUAAUCAUGAAACGUCCCUAACGACUGGUAAUGCGGGUGCUAGAGUAGCAUGCGGCACCAUUGGGAUUAGUUCACCUUCGGUUUGGAAUUCCGCGUUACCCGUCAUCCCAUCAUCAACAUUACUUAUUAUUGGAAUGUUGUUUUUGUUAUUUAAAUGAUUCAUUAAUAAAUAAGAUGUACUGAUUA